AUGGCGAAGAUUAAGAAGAAGGGUACCUCUGGCGCGGCCAAAAACUAUAUCACCCGUACCCAGGCCGUGCGCAAACUUCAGAUUUCUUUGCCUGAUUUCCGUCGACUUUGCAUCUUCAAGGGAAUUUACCCCCGUGAGCCUCGCAGCAAGAAGAAGGCCUCCAAGACCUCGACUCCCAACACUACUUUCUACUACACCAAGGAUAUCCAGUACCUUCUUCACGAGCCACUGCUGAACAAGUUCCGUGAUCAGAAGUCUCUUGCUAAGAAGAUCGCUCGUUCCCUGGGCCGUGGUGAAGUCAGCGACGCUGCACGCUUGGAGAAGAACCAUGCCCCCAAGCUCACUCUCGACCAUGUCAUCAAGGAGCGUUACCCGACCUUCAUUGACGCCCUCCGCGACCUUGACGAUGCUCUGUCUCUGCUCUUCCUGUUCGCCACACUUCCGUCUACCACCCAUGUUCCCCACAAGACCAUUGCCCUGUGCCAACGCGUCUGUCACGAGUUCCAGCACUACCUGAUUACCACCAACUCGUUGCGUAAAUCUUUCCUGUCAAUCAAGGGUAUCUACUACCAGGCCACUAUUCAGGGCCAGGAUAUCAUGUGGUUGGUGCCCUACCGAUUCGUGCAGCGUGUUAAUGGCGAUGUCGACUACCGUAUCAUGGCUACAUUUGUCGACUUCUACACCACCUUGCUUGGUUUCGUCAACUUCCGCCUUUACUCCUCUAUUGGCUUGAGAUACCCUCCCAAGUUCGACACCCGAAGCGACGAGAAUGGUGCUGAGCUGGCUGCUUUCACUCUGGAGGGCCGCAAUGUGGGUGAAGUUCCCAAGGCCCUGGAGGCUAGCAAGCCCCAGACCAACGGUAACUCCAACAAGGAGGUUUCCAAGGCUGUUCAGGCCAAGGUAGACAAGGUCCUCAAGUCCGCUGGUUUGGAUCAAACUAAGGAUGAGGAGUCUGUCGACACAACUGAGGAGAACACUGAUGCGAUCGACCGAUUCGAGACCGCUGCUCCCGAAGCCGACACUCUCCCCCAGCCCGACAUGAGCGGCAAUGAGGCUGGUGCUCUUUUUGCUCCAUUCGUGUUCUACAUUUCGCGUGAGGCCCCCAAGGCCCCCAUCGAGUUCAUCCUGCGCGCUUUCGGCUGCAAGCGUAUUGGUUGGGAUGCGGUGUUGGGCGAUGGUGCUUUCACCCACGAUGAGACCGAUCCCCGUAUCACUCACCAGAUUGUCGAUCGUCCCCCACUCCCAGAGUCUUCUCUCCCCGCCAUUCCUACUGGCGAGAGCACAAGCCAGAAGGUCAAGCCCGGUACUCGCAUUCCUGGCCGUACUUACGUCCAGCCUCAGUGGGUUUGGGACUGUAUCAACGAGGGCAAGCUCUGCCGCCCUGAUCUGUAUGGACCCGGUGCUACCCUGCCCCCUCACUUGAGCCCAUGGGUCAAGCCCAACCGUGGUGCCUACGAUCCCAAGGCUACCCUAGCUUCUCAGGAAGAGGAAGGUGAGGCUGAGAUGGCCGAGGACAGUGACGAGGAGAUGGAGGAUGAAGCCCCCGCAGAUGAGAAGGUUGCUCCCACUGCCGAGGAGUCUGAGGAUGAGUCUGUCGAUGGUGGUAUGGACGUUGCUGGCACCGACGAUGACGAGAGCGGCAGCGACGAGGAGUCUGACGAAGUCGAGGACUUUGAAGGACUCGAGGAUAACGAAGCCGCAUCCGAGUCAGAGGACGACGAUGAUGAGGCCGCUCGCAACCAGCACCAGCGUGAGCUCGAGGCCGAAGCCGCUGGCCUGCCCUUCUCCUCCAACGGUGCCACCGAUGAGGCAUCCAAGAAGAAGAACUCUCAGAACAAGAAGCUGGCUGCCAAGAAGCGCAAGGAGGAAGAGGAACUCGAGAGACAGAAGAUGAUGAUGAGCCGGAAGAAGCGCAAGCUUUUGGAGAAGAUGAUGCACUCUAACAAGAAGACAUCCGAAGAGGCUGCUAAGCUCCGCUCGAAGCGGCGCAAGCUUGAGAAGGGCGAGAAAUAG